AAUAAAAUGUGACCGCCAUGGUGGUGGGCAUCAUCCACCUUUCACACUGUUGACUCCUCCUCCUUCUCCUUCUUUUUUCAAUUUGCAAGAUCCGUCUCCGAUCUAAGCUUUAUCCAUUUCACGUUCGUCAGCCAUGUUUCUUUUGAAUUAAACCCUUCUCUUUUGAAACAUUUCAGCCGCCGAAUCAGAGAUUUCCCAUAGAAACAAUCAUGGAUCUUGCCCCAGAAGAGCUGCAAUUCUUCACCAUUCCAGACAUUCUCAGAGAAUCGAUCUUGAUUCCGAAACGCUCUCCCAAGACCUUCUAUCUCAUCACUCUUACCCUCAUUUUCCCCCUCUCUUUCGCCAUCUUAGCCCACUCCCUCUUCACCCACCCACUUCUCCUCCAGCUCCAAAACCCAUUCGCCGACCCCAUUCAGACCCGCCAUAGAUGGGCCAAGCUCCUCUCCUUCCAGUUCUGCUACCUUAUUUUUCUCUUCGCCUUCUCUCUUCUCUCCACUGCCGCCGUCGUCUUCACCGUCGCUUCCCUCUACACUUCCAAGCCCGUCUCCUAUUCCUCCACAAUCUCCGCUAUUCCCAAGGUUUUCAAGCGCCUGUUCGUCACAUUUCUCUGGGUGUCUCUUCUUAUGAUAGUCUAUAAUUUUAUCUUUUUCGCCUUCUUGGUGUUGCUUGUUCUCGCAAUCGAUACCCAGAACUACUUACUGUUCUUCUUCUGCGUCGUCGUGAUCUUCAUCCUCUUCCUGGUCGUGCACGUGUACAUCACCGCCCUAUGGCAUUUGGCCAGCGUCGUGUCGGUGCUUGAACCGAUUUACGGACUCGCCGCGAUGAAGAAGAGCUACGAGUUGCUGAAGGGGAAAACCCGAUUUGCGGUGGUGCUCGUGUUUGUCUAUUUGGCGAUCUGUGCCACAAUCGGCGGCAUUUUUGGGGCCGUGGUCGUGCACGGCGGAGAUGGCUAUGGAGUUUUUGUGAGGAUUGUUGUCGGUGGCUUUUUGGUAGGCGUUUUGGUGAUUGUAAACUUGGUGGGAUUGCUGGUUCAGAGUGUGUUUUACUACGUCUGUAAGAGCUUCCACCAUCAGGGAAUUGAUAAGCUCGCUUUGCAUGAUCAUCUGGGUGGAUAUCUUGGUGAGUAUGUUCCUCUCAAAAGCAGUAUUCAGAUGGAAAAUUUAGAUGCCUGAGGUAGGGAAAAACACAAUUUGUUAUCUAAUGUUGGUAGUCAUAUGAAUGAAAUGUUGUAAAGAGAAGAUUAUUUAAACCCUUUUUCACAUGCAUCUGUGGAGUUUUUCUUCUGAUGUUAUACCUACUGCCACUUAUCUUUGAUUGGUGGUGGGAUUUUACUGUGCUGUACCAUGGAUUAUUAUAUGUUGAUGGUGGGAAAGUUCUGAUAUGUUCUUUGUUCACUCUCCACAUGACUGUGUCUCAAUUGGGAUUGAUCAUUGCAACAUUGCUUUA